GAAUUACCUGAAGGUUGGGGUGAAAAUAAAGAACCUGUUGCAGAUGGGGUGACCUUUUAUUUGAAAUACCUUGGGUCAACACUAGUUGAAGAGAUACCUGAAGAUGAAAGCUAUGGAGAUACUAUUAGUUUGAAAGCUGUCCAAAGAAUUGUUAAUCAUGCCAAAACAGCUGGUAAAAAACUCAAGAAAGUAUCAUUAACUGUCAGACAUAAAGGUAUACUAAUGACUGAUUUAACAACAGAACAAAUUGAUUUUGAUAUCUCCAUUUAUAGAAUCUCUUUCUGUACGGCUGAUAAGAAUCAUGACAAAGUUUUUGCCUUCAUAGCUAGAAAUACUACAAAUGAAACAAUGGAAUGUCAUGCCUAUUUAUGUGCCAAAUCAAAAAUAGCCCAAGCUGUAACCUUAACUGUUUCACAAGCUUUUAGUCUAGCCCAGGACCAUUGGGAAGAAGCAAAGGGUAGAAAAUUACAAAGUGAAAAAGAAUAUAUGCAUAAGGUUUAA